AUGGUAAAAAAGGGAAAGGCAAAAAGCAGGCUUGACAAAUAUUAUCAUUUAGCCAAAGAACAAGGUUACCGAUCUCGUGCAGCUUUUAAACUAAUCCAAUUGAAUAAAAAGUUCGAUAUCCUUAACGCUGCUCAUGUGUUAAUUGACUUAUGUGCAGCCCCAGGUGGGUGGCUACAAGUGGCAGCUAAUAACAUGCCUGUGGCAAGCCUGAUCCUUGGUGUAGAUCUUGUCCCUAUAAAACCAAUCAAAGGGGUGACUACAUUUGUAGGCGAUAUCACGUCCAAACAAUGUGUCGCAAGGCUGAAAUCUGAAAUAAAACAUCUAAAAGCUGAUGUUGUUAUCCAUGAUGGAGCACCAAACGUCGGUACCAGUUGGGAACAAGACGCUUAUACACAGAAUGAGCUUGUUUUAGCAUCACUUAAACUUGCUACACAGUUUCUUAAAAAAGAUGGGGUUUUUGUAACAAAGGUCUUUAGGUCAGUCGAUUACAAUUCUUUGUUAUGGGUUUUUGGAAAACUCUUUGAAAAAGUCACAGUUUGAUAGAAAACUUUAUUAUAAAAAUUAAUUAAAUAUAAAAAAAAUUAAAAAAUAUAGGAGAGUCACAGCUACCAAGCCUAUGGCAAGUAGAAACACUUCAGCUGAAAUUUUUGUGGUAUGUCAAAAAUAUAAAGCACCUAAAAGCAUUGACCCAAAAUUACUUGACUCAAAAUACGUAUUUAUGGAAAGUGAAGAUAUCAUUGAUAAAAAUAAUAUCCACUCACUAAGGCAGCUUCUACCUGAAGCUGUCAAAAAGCACAGCAUUUCUGUGCACCUUGAAAAAGGUUUGGGGCAACAUAGAAAAGCUCCAUUAUCUGAAUUUGUUGACUGUCAGAAUCCUUAUCAGUUCAUAGCCGAUUUUAAUGAGUUUACUAUUAAUGAUGAAGAAUCCAAAAGGUAUUUAGAAUUAGAAGCUCCAGAGUCCAUCUUUUAUGACUAUAUAAAAGAUACCAAACUCCUAGGCCGCUCUGAGCUAAAAAAUUUACUUAAAUGGCGAUCAAGAGUUGUUACAAUUCUUAAUCGAGAAAAGGCUACAGAAACUGUUGUAGAGCCUGAGCAUGAGCUUAAUUCUGAAGAAGAACUCGAUGAACUUGUAGAAAAAGCUAACAAAAAAGAAAAGAAAAAAUUAAAAAAGCAGCUUGAAAACGAAAAAAAAUCAAAAAAAGCAAAAAUUCAUAUAGAUGACCCAUAUGAAGGCCAAGAACAAUUAUUCACAAUUGAAGAUCCUACAAUUAGCAACAUGGAUAUUGAAGAGGCUGAUUAUACAGACCCAGAAGAGGAAAAAGAGGAUCUUUUCUAUGAAGAAGAUCAAGACAUGGAGUUUGAAGACGAAACUGAGAGAAUCUAAAUCUAAAUUAAUCUUUCACUCGUUUGAUGUUCACUACUAGGCUGCUAGCAAAGCUACCUCCAGCACCGCUCUGGGGCUAAUUUCACGCCAUUUUCUCGGGCCUGCCAAAGGUAUGGCCAUCUCUGAUCUUGAUCACUAAAAGAGGCCAGUCUUGAAGCUUGGGCUUUGAUGACUCCUCUUUGAGUUCAAGCUAUCUACUUGUGCUCGUCAGAACCCUAAAGGUCCAUUCUCGACUGCCUGGGAUAGGUGGCACACUUCUGGAAAUUCCGAUCCCUAAGUCAGGAGUCCGUAGGAAAGACCACCUGGCCUUUUCUUCCUUAGCACAUCUGGGAUAAAUUCACCAGAGGAUACCAAACCUCAUAAAUAAAAUAUGGUAUCGCUCGAAUUUUCUGGUCUCCCAUCGAAAUUCAUCACCUGCAUAUUUUAAUUAUAAAAUUGAGAGAAUCAAACAAAUGGAGGAGUCACUAAAUGCCGCCUAUGAAGAUGAUAAAAUCAGAAAAAGAAGAAAAUUAGAUGAAGAAGGAAACGAAGCUGAAGGAGAAGUCAAUGAAGAAGAAGGCCUAGGACAAAUAAUUGAAGAAAGCAUGAAAAAGGAAACCGCAAGCAGAUGGUUCCAAAGAGAAGAAUUCGAAGACAUUACUGACUUCCAAGAAGAAAUCCCUCAAGAAAAGAAAAAGAAAAAGAAAAAAGAAAGAAGAAAUAAAAAAGACUUGAAAGAAAAGGAAAAAGAGAACAAGCUUGAUUUCGAAGUCGUCCCACAAGAGUAUAAAGAAGCUGAAGACCCUGAAGCUUUAGCAGAAACUAUAGCACUAGGCACUGCAAUGCUAAUUUUCCUCUAGUAAUAAGCAAUUUCUUGCUUAUUCAUGGGCUUUUUACAAAUUUUUUCAAAAAGUAAAUAAAAUAUGAACGGAUCGAAAAUUGCUUAUUAUAAGUGUUUUUAGAUAAUGCAAUUUUUGCCCAAUAAGCAAUUUUCGAUCUAUUCAUAUUAAAUUUACUAUUUGAAAUUCGUGCAAAACCCCACAAUAAGCAAGAAAUUACUUAUUACUGCAGGGGAGUAAGGAAAAAACGCAGGAGAGAAAUAAUGGACUCCACAUAUAACAGAUACAAUUUUGAAGAUCCAAAAGGCCUCCCUGAUUGGUUUGUAGAUGACCAAAAGCAGCACUAUCAAGCUUCUCUCCCCCUAACUCCCGAAGAGAUGAAAGAAGCUUGGGCCCAAGUCAAAGAAAACGACAAAAGACCUAUUAAAAAAGUUCUAGAAGCUAUAGGCAGGCGAAAACGAAAACUCGCCCACAAGUUAGAAAAUCUGAAACCUAAGGCUGAAGCCAUCGCAAACCAAACAGAUAUUUCUGAAGCACUAAAAGUAAAGCAGCUGCAAAGCUUAUACAGAAAAGAAAUCAAGAGAAACGAGCCCAAGAAGCGAUAUAUAGUAAGCAGAGUUUUCCAUAAGGACAGAAAAAACCUGAGGAAAGGAGGAAGAAAUUUGAAAUUUGUGGACAGAAGGCUGAAAAAAGACAAAAGGGCCAUGAAGAGGAGAAAAUAA